UCAAACAAUCUCCUCAACAACUAAAAAACUCAAAAAACACCCCAAAACAUCCCUAAAAUCCAAAAAUGUCCAUCUUCCUCACUUCUGCUCUUCUAAUCAUUUCAAUGAUUGCUAUGACCGAGGGAGCAGGCGAUCGAAGCGCUUCAACCUCUACUGGUUGUACAACCUAUUUUGGAAUGCUCGAUCAUGCGGAUACCAAGGAAAAUAACAAAAGAAAAACUUUCAAGCCAAACGCUGAAAACACAUCCAACACCUUGAAAGUGACCGGAGGAGCUACGUUCAGCAAUACCUCGGUGGCUUUGGUUGUCGGUAAUGAGGUGUUAUGUAUGGCUAAGACAGGAAGUUCAGACGAUUGCGGAAUGCGCAACGAAGCUUUGACUGGAACAAUGAAAUUUGUCAUUUCUGAUAAUAUUAUUGUUGAGGUUCCAUUCAAAGACGUUUUUUUCUUCACCGACAACAAGUGUGUCAUCCAGCUUGUAGGCUACAAUGUUGGAACGCAUGAAACUCUUCUCAAAAUUAAUGAUGUCGACUUCAAAAUUACCGCUACUGAUAAGAAAACUUCCCCAAAGGCUUGUACUAUGAAAAUGUGA